AUGCUCAGCACUGCGCCUGCCAGCUCUCACACGCUGUUCUCCCUGCGGCGGAACGAACCUUCGUCCUCGAACGAUUUAGGGGACACGACCACUUCCUUCGAUUUCUUGCCCUCCGUGAGCUUCGAUGACCUCCAAAGCAGUCUUGAGUCCGCCUCCACAGACUUCAAAUUGGCCCAGUUUCCGUCACCAACUGGGCAGGGAAGCAUCCUCGAACCAAGCCAGAUUGAAGACUCCGUCAACAUGCCCGAAAAAUCCAAUGUGACGCGGAGUGGAAAUACCACUCGGGUCGUCAUUCCGCAAUCCUCCGCCGCCUCCAUGGCGACAACCACGGCAACGACAACUGCGACGCGUCCGGGGAGGUCAGGGUCUAUAUUACGGAGGCCUAGCACUUCCAGCAAGCAGGGCACCACAUUUUCUUCGGCAUCGAGGCCGCCCUCUGGUGCUCAUGAGGCACCGACCGCUCCAGCAGCGAUGCGUCCUCGUCGCCAGAGCCACUAUCCUCCCGUCUCAAAUAGCAACAUUGUUAAGCCUCCCAGGAAAUCUAUUGGACCCGGUAUUAUCGACUCUGAUUAUGGAGCGCGUGCGACGGCCCAUCGGAGGCGCCCAAGUCUCGCUUCCAAUACUGACCGCACCGCCACCGUCACGACCACUACUACUACCACUGACUCGGCAAGAUCGUCUAUCGAUACCAGUACUUCCGCUUCCUUUGCUGGAGUAUCAAGUCAUCUGACCGCUGCCACCCGAGCGUCAAAAGCCCGAUCCUUCCAAUCUACGACACGACCGAAUUACAACCCUCCCAACAGUUCUACGCUUGUGGACAAUACUCGGGCGGCAUCCAUCGCAGCGCGAUCGCCUCGCGUUCCGCCUAAAGGAGCGAUUAACCUGCAAACUAACAAGAGGGUGUCGGUUAUGCCCGGUAUGCCGUCGCCCUCUCAUCUAACCGGACUUGGUGCUCGAACGAUUAGCCCAACGGAUACGCGUCGUAUGAAGCGGCUGUCGAUGCACCAUACCGCCACGCAAGGCGGUAAUGGGGCUCAACAUCGCACAGCCGCAGAUCUUCGACCUUCCUCCCGAUCUCCUUCGAUGUUGCCUCGGAAAGCAACUGCGACACCUUCAUCUUCCCGAACGACCCCGGAUGUUAAUAGGAAGUCCUACAGCUCCGGCCUCUCGGUUGGGUCCAACAACAGUUAUAACACGGUUAGAACAUCCACCGGGUCCUUGCAACCGAGAGUCCCUCAGCCCGGUGCGUCAUCUCGUCUUCCGGCUCCUAAACCACUCAGUGUCAACCAGAGUCUGGUCCCGGAUGAUGACGAGGAUGUCCCUCCCGUCCCAGCCAUUCCGAAAGUUUACGAAUCACCAAAGGAACCUCCUCUAGAUAUAAAUUUCAUUGAGAAGAAAAAGUCGAGCUUGGCGCAAGACUCUAGCAGCAUCAACAGCAACUCGACUGGAACAGUUUCGAUUGUGCUUCAGUCCGAUACCUCAAGCCGGGUUCAGCGAAAGGGUAGUGUCCGCAAGUCGUCGUUCUAUCCCCAAAAUGGCGACUCCAACAACGUAAGGUCGAACACGCUGGCGCAUUCAAAGAAGAAUUUGGCCCCUCUUCGCCUACCUCCAAUGGUGCUUGGACCAAUCAGCACACCGACAGCCGCGAAGAUUGCCGCCCUUCAGAGGAAGCAGGAGCAAGCAGAUCGGGACCUAAGCAGCCCGCCUCCGUCUAAGAUGAUUCCCAAGACACCCACAACUCCCAUGACGGCAUCAAAGACGUCGUUUUUCUCAAGACAUCGCUCUGAGAAAGUGGACCUCCCUUCCUUGAGGAGCAGUAGUUCCAUCCAGCCUAUGCGUACCGACAGCUCUAACGGUAUGAAUCCCGGAAGCUCUUCUGAGUCUUUGUCCGCCGUCGUGUCUCCAAGAUCGAGUAGAAAGCCGAGCAUGUCACCUUUCUUGUCCUCGUCGGUCCCGCAGGGCGGCGGAGAACAUAUGCCGCUUAAGCGCUCAAAGACGGGCACCGACUUUGCGACCAUUAAUGAGUCCCUCUUUGAAGCGAAAGCGUCCUCUAAAUCAAGCCGCCCGCCCUCGGUCAAGUCUACUGCGAAGUCUCCAGCACAAUCGAGCCCUGAAGAGCCACCCACUCCAUCCUCGAUCAGUGCGUUGAGGAGGAAGCUAAGCUUGUCGUCGUGGAAGAGGGGCACUUCCAAGGGUCAUAUCGCCCUUCCCCCCGGCCUUGUUGAGAAGCCUCCCGAGUACAACACUAGACAAGAAAGCAUGCCGCCACCCCGUAUCCCCGCCUCUGCCAUCAUGGCGAAUUUCGGAAGUACCAGCAAGCCGCCUAGCCCGACCCCAUCCGCCAAGGCCUCUGGAAACUAUCUCGAUUCUCGACGUCGAAAGAGCUCUACUUCCAGCCUCAAUACUUACGUAUCUGUGGACCGGACAAGGGUGGAUACCUGGGGCGCCAAUACCCAAUCUGUGUCUGUUAAGAUUCCUAUCAACGAUAUGUCUACCGAGCGCCUAACUCUCUCCCGGAACUCCUCCGUCAUGCAAAAGAUCCUCAAGCCUAAGCCAUCUACCGCCGCGAUGAGACAGCCUAAUGUGUGGACUGCGGAGCUCGACAAAGACGACCUCAUUGCGGAGGAGGAGAUGCGAAAACUCGGAAGCCGGCGCAAGGAAACCGAGAUCGCUGCGCGAACUUUGGAUGCUCUAAGGAAGCGUGCAACACCAAAGGAGCGUGUGGACCCUCACGAAGCUAUCCGCAUUGCUAUGUUGAACGUCUACGAGCGGGGAGAGAUUGUCGACUACCCGGACGUGUAUUUCUGUGGUACCCAAAAUGCCCGUAAGGUGGUUGGGGACUUGCAUUCGCAGAAGCCCAAUUUUGGUUACGACGAUGAUCGUGGAGAUUACACGAUUGUGCCCGGAGAUCAUCUCGCCUACCGCUACGAGAUCAUUGAUGUCCUCGGAAAAGGAAGCUUCGGCCAAGUUGUCCGGUGUAUUGACCAUUGCAAAGGAGCCCUUGUCGCGGUCAAGAUUAUUCGUAACAAGAAGCGAUUCCAUCAACAGGCUCUUGUCGAGGUCAAUAUCCUGAAGAAGCUUCGCGAAUGGGACCCCGACAACAAGUACAGCUUGGUACACUUUACCGACCACUUCUACUUCCGUGGCCAUCUUUGUCUCUCUACCGAGCUGCUGGAUAUGAAUCUCUAUGAGUUUAUCAAGGCGAAUGCGUUUAGGGGCUUUUCGCUUAAACUCAUCAGACGAUUUACGAAACAGCUCCUCAGCUCUCUUAACCUUCUCAAGCAGCAUAGAGUCAUCCAUUGUGAUUUGAAACCCGAAAACAUCCUCCUCCGUCAUCCUAUGUACACCGAAAUCAAGGUCAUCGAUUUCGGUUCUAGCUGCUUCGAAAGCGAAAAGGUAUACACCUAUAUCCAAUCCCGUUUCUAUCGCUCCCCGGAAGUUAUCCUCGGCAUGACGUACGGCCUGCCUAUCGACAUGUGGAGUCUAGGCUGCAUUCUCGCGGAGCUUUACACUGGCGUACCUAUUUUCCCUGGCGAAAAUGAGGGCGAGCAGCUUGCUUGCAUCAUGGAAGUUUUUGGUCCCCCGGAGAAACAUCUUAUCGAGAAGAGUACCCGGAAGAAGUUUUUCUUCGACUCGAUGGGCAAGCCGCGGUUGACGGUUUCGUCAAAGGGCAAGAGACGACGCCCCUCUUCGAAGACGCUGCAACAGGUCCUUAAGUGUGACGAUGAGCCGUUCCUAGACUUUAUCGCGCGUUGUCUCCGAUGGGAUCCCGAUCGGCGGAUGAAACCCGAGGAGGCAAUCCGACACGAGUUUAUCACGGGCCACAAGGCAUCAAUUCCCCGCAUUCCAACCAGGGAUUAUUCCCCUGCGAAACGGGGCAGUAACACCCUCUCCGGCGGCGCCCGUCCGCUUCCUGACCCACCUACCAGCUAUCGGCACAGCGGCUCGACGAGGACGCGGGACACCGCCGGAAUGAGCCCACACAAGGCGUUGUCAACUGUGUCUCGCCGAACGUCGGGUGCCACCGCCAACGGGUCGGUUGUGGGAGGCCCAGCCAAGCGGACCAGCACCGGGGCUGGUGGCGGCACUACUCUCGGCACGAGCAACCUCCCCCGAGCGGCUGGUCGAAGUGUUAGUUCCAAGCAAGACUUGGCCUCGGCGGGAGCCACGGCUGCCAUGAACCGCCGGCAAUGA